CAAGGUGUAUGGUCAGAUGUGAGCUGGAGCUGACGGAGAUUAAGCUCUUCUCCUUCAGCCAGGAUUUAUUCCUCUCCUCCUCCUCCCAGCACACACACAUCCUCAUACACACACUCUCACAUCCUCAUACAUACACACACACACACAUCCUCACGGUCACAUCGUCGUACACACACACACACACACACACACACCCCGCGGGAAGGGCAGCAUGUCUGUAGCAGGGCUGAAGAAGCAGCUCCAUAAAGCCACUCAGAAAGUGAGUGAGAAAGUGGGCGGAGCUGAAGGAACCAAACUCGACAAUGACUUCAUGGAAAUGGAAAAGAAGGUGGACAUUACGAGCCGAGCCGUGCUGGACAUCAUGACCAAAACUACAGAAUACCUGCAGCCCAAUCCAGCGACCCGUGCUAAGAUGAGCAUGAUGAGCUCCAUGUCGAAGAUCCGUGGCGGUGAUAAGGGCCCGGGAUACACACAGACGGAGACGGUGCUGGGCGAGGCCAUGCAGAAGUUCGGCCGCGAGCUCGGGGACGAGUCCAACUUCGGACUGGCUCUGAUUGAUGCUGGAGAAGCUAUGAGAGAGAUGGGUGAGGUGAAGGAUGCGUUGGAUAUGGAGGUGAAACAGAACUUCAUCGAUCCAAUGCAGGUGCUGCAUGAUAAAGACCUGAAGGAGAUCCAGCACCACCUGAAGAAGAUGGAGGGUCGGCGUCUGGACUUCGACUAUAAGAAGAAGCGUCAGGGGAAAGUGACUGAGGAUGAGAUCAAGCAGGCGCUGGAGAAAUUUGACGACUCGAAGGACAUCGCUGAGCAGAGCAUGUUCAACCUGCUGGAGAGCGACGUGAGGACUGUGGAGCAGGUGAGUCAGUUGGCUGCUCUGGUGCAGGCUCAGGUGAAUUAUCACAGACAGGCGGUGGAAAUCCUGCAGCAGCUCUCCAGCAAGAUUGAUGACAGGAUUAGAGAAGCUUCCAGUAAGCCGAGGAAAGAGUACACGCCCAAACCGCGCGCAUCGCUCGACUUCUCCUCUAGUGAGAGUCACAACGGGGGAUUGGGACACAGCCGAGCCGCCUCUCGCUCCCCGGCUCCUCUGGAUCAGCCGUGUUGUCGCGCUCUGUAUGAUUUCGAUCCGGAGAACGAGGGCGAGCUGCGCUUUAAGGAAGGUGACAUCAUCACGCUGACCAAUCAGAUCGAUGACAACUGGUAUGAAGGGGUGAUAAACGGCCAAUCAGGAUUCUUCCCUGUCAAUUACGUUGAUGUCCUGGUGGCUUUGCCGCAUUAAAUCCAUCCUGAACCCUCGAUUCCCAUCAUGCACUUCUCCUGGAAAGAGAGAAAAAUCAUUGCAGUGAUAAUUAGAACAGAACAGAAGAAUAUUCAUCUUUCUGUUUUUUCCCCAUUUCUCUUUUCUCUCUCGUGUUCUGUAAGUUUCUGAUAUUUCUCUCCUUUAUUUCCUGCUCUCCGUUUCGUCUUUGUGUAUUUCUCUCUUUUUUCACUUUUCCUUCUCUCUGUUUCUCUCUUUUCUCCUUCUUUCUCUCUGUCGUGUUUGUGCAUGAUGUAAGAAGCGUUUGCACUUUGGAGGAAAUGUAUUAUUUCCGAUUUUAUUUUGUGUGAUGUAAAAAAGUAUUGGUUUUUUGUUGAUAAAAUGUCCGUCACUUCCGCGCAGAGAAACAGCUGACGAAGUGAAAACAGCUGAGGUUUCGUUUUUUUCCCUUUGAGCUUUCUGAACUUUUAUUAGGAAAAUAAAAUUCUAAUUUCAUUAUGGCCAAUGUAUUAAUAUAAUAUAUUUGCCAACUGUAUUAAAAAUAAUUAUUUUAAUACAUCUAUAAUUUAAUACAUAAACACUUAGUAAAAUGUGAAUCAAUUAAAGUGACGAAUAAUUCAUUUUUUUCUCCUUUUGCAUGUUGAGUUUCACUUGAACACAUUUCACACUUUGCUUUGCUUUAUUUAAUUAUAAAGAUAAAUUUAAUUUAAUUUAAACAACAACAAUGUGAAAUUUAAAGCGUGACUCAGUGAAAAAUGGAAUAUUAAUAUUAAUAAACACACAACGUUAAUGUUUCUGUGUGAAAUCAAGCUGUGAGAUUUUUCUUUAUUAAUAAUCAAACAGUAAUUAAUCUCCAUAACCUGAGAGAAAAACAUUACAGAAGAAAUAAAAGAAUAAUUAAGCAGUGUGUAGUAUUUAGAUCAAAAUAUACUCUUUAAUCUAAAAUAAAAUAAAUCACAUGUUUAACAGUGUCAUUCUGUCGUGUUGGAUAAUUUCAUAAUCCAAACAUUACGGCGCUUACAAAAAUAAUCUCAUCUAAGUGUCAAACCUCUCAAUCUGGCAACCUUAUAUUACAUCAGGUCUAAUGAUCUGACACUGGAUUAGAUAUUUAAUUAUUUAUUUGUUGAUAUUUUAUUUACUUGUUUUGUUUUUUGAAGCUGCACACAUGGGUGUCAAUCUGGCAACCCACACCUCAAUCAAACCCAGAAACCGUCUGAUUAUCAGAUCGCUAUAAAAGUUAAAACGAGUAUUAAAUGUAACGGGAAGUUGUUAUAAACGUCUGAAACUCCACCUGUAUUAUCCUGAUUGUUCAAAAGUACAGAUUUGUUCAUGAAACUGAUAUUAAAUAUAAAACACAAAUAAAAGAAUUGAUCAUU